AUUAAGUCAGAUAAUGUACGUCACGCCCACGCUGUACGUGAUGACGUUACAUAUCCGCGUGUCCUCGAGCUGAAGUCCAGAUUCCGCAGGCAGCAGCAGAGGUAAAGCCGGCACGCGCAGCUCGUGUGUGGAGGAGAAAUAUCUCACAGAAGUUCAGCCAAGAUGUCCAUCGUGUCGUUCGAUGAGUAUGAGGAGUCCAAGUUCCUCAGGAAGGCCAAGGAGAACCCGUUCGUCCCUGUUGGGAUGGCCGGGUUCUUUGCCAUCGUGGCACACAGGCUGUAUAAGAUGAAGCACAGGGGCAGUAUGAAGAUGUCGGUGCACCUGAUCCACAUGCGUGUGGCAGCACAGGGCUUCGUGGUGGGAGCCAUGACCUUGGGUGUGGUGUACACCAUGUACAGAGACUACGUGUUGAAGCCUGCUGAAGCUCAGAGAGCGCUGGAGCAGAAAGAACGAGAGAACAAGUGAACGGAGGAGCGUCACAAUAUCCUCAUUUUAGUUUAGUUCUUUAGUUUCUUUUUCAUCCCGGUGUCUUGUAGAUACCUCACAUUCUUCUUAAGAUCCUACUUGGAUAUUUAUCUUUAAAGAAAAAAAACUAUUUAAUACAGAGUUUGUAUUUAUAUUUUAUAAUAUUUACAUUUCUAAAACCACGGGCCAGGACACACAGCAGUGUGGAAGUGGGAACAUACUUGAACUUUAUCCAUAAUGUUUGCUAAUGUUUUUGAUCUUAAAAAAAGCAGGCUCUAUGAUGUGUUUAAAUAUGUUAUUUAUAUCAACCCUUUAAAGAAGAGGGUUCCUCACAGUGUCCUUUGGUUAAAGGAACCUUUAACAUGGUCUACAUAGAACCUUUCAGGAUUCUGUUUAACAUUAGAGAUGAACACAGAGUUCUUAUUAAGUUUGUACGCUUCAAGGUGUAGUGUGUUCCUCAGCUAGUCUGGGUUAGAGAUAUGCAAAUAUAUGCUAAUAGUGAUGGUAUUAAUAAUAACCUAGUAUAACAUGAUCAUAUCGGACUUUUAGGUACAGAACAUGCUCUGUUUUUGUUUUAUUUUUUUGGUUUUUAAGGGUUCUUCCUACUUGCUGGUCCUACUAGGAACCUUCUCUGUUGUAGGGCUCUACAUAGAUUUCCUGAUUACACAGUUUCCUGAUAACAACAAGCCAAACAUAAACUGCUAAACAGAUCAGGGCUGUUAUGCAAGCUAAAUGCUAAUAGGAGUGGUUACUGAUUCAGUGAGGAUGCCUUAUUUUCCACAUGGGCUAAAGUAAGCAUGUGUGUUAUGUUGAGAUGAUUAUUUUUGCACUUUGUGUUUGUAUAUCCUGUUGGUUUAUUAGAAAAUGUAUUUUUAAAGGAACAUAUGGUGAAAAACACACAUUGUAUACAUCUUUGCCAUUAAAUUAUGAAUGGAUAUAA